AUGUCUACCUACCCAAGAAGAACGGAGGCCGUGAGCUAUCCCCUAUUACCGAACAUCACCGAUCGCCGUUUGAAACUAUUCAGCGACGGUCAUUAUGCCGAACAUAACUUAAGUUCAGCUCUGGAUCGCGCUCGGGUAGAUGGUGAUCAAUAUGUACGAAUGACACUGUGGUCUGCUACCGGCACCGACAAGCCAACCUUCCAAGAAGCAACCGCUCAAUUGAAGUCAAGGGAUGUGAAGCCUUAUCGAAAAGGAGAUUGGCUAGGACCAAGCUGGACCAACCAUUGGUUAUCAGUUGAUCUUACCAUCCCUUCUGAGUAUAAGCAAUCAAUCGAGCCGGUGAUGUUCGAAUUUGAUCCAGGAUGUGAAGCUAUGAUAUUUACGAUGGAAGGUCAUCCAUUGCACGCCAUCACUGGAGGCCCCAAUUCGGUCAAGAAUGGGAUGUCGGAUCGAGAAGAUAGACGAAUCGAGCAUAUCAUACCUCGCGAAGCGGUUGAAAAUGGCCAUUACCAGUGUAUCAUCGAGAUCUCGAUUAAUGGCAUGUUCGGUCUUGGCUUGAACGGAUUCAGACAUCAACAACCUGAUAUGAACGUAUAUUUCCAGCUCGCAGUGGCAGACAUCGUCCUCAUCCGCUCCGAAGCUAGAGCUCUGCAGAUUGAUUUCCAAAUUCUCAGUCAAAUUGGUACCCAUCCUGAUAGUGAAGGGUCAAGCUUAUCUCAACGAGCUUUAAGAGCAAGUAAUGGCAUCAUGAAUACGUUUCGUCGGACCGACGGAGAUGACCACAAUGGAAGUUUAGACAAUGUGAUUCGUCGUUGUAGAGAGAUCGGCUGGGAUGUCUUGGGACCUCUGGAUGAACAGGGUGUCGGAAAACUUACGACUCGCAGUGAUACCUCUCAGAAAGAUGCCAGAAUCUGGGGUAUCGAUACGGCCUGGCUAUGGACAUAUUCUCAGUCUCAGCAAAAAGUCGCUCGCUCCUGGUCGACUCAAAUCGACCUGAUCAAGCGAUACCCCAAUCACCACUUUGCAGCUUCAUCGGCUCAACAAUAUAUCUGGCUGGAAGAAUUGUACCCCUCCUUGUUUAAGGCCGUCUCAGCAGAAAUCAAGGCAGGACACUUUCAUCCCGUUGGCGGAGCCUGGCUGGAACACGAUUGCCUUUUGCCCUCGGGAGAAAGUCUAUGUCGCCAAUACCUAUACGGCCAACGAUACUUCAAGGAGAAAUUUGGAGUUCAUUGUCGAGAAGCUUGGUUGCCUGACACGUUCGGUUAUGCCAGUCAACUGCCCCAGAUCUUGAGGUUAGCGGGCAUUGACUAUUUCUUCACCCAAAAGCUGAGUUGGAACAACAUCAAUGUCUUCCCAUAUUCAACCUUCAACUGGAUCGGCCUGGACGGAAGUCAGGUGCUUUCUCAUAUGACACCCACCGAUACUUACAAUGCCCAAGGGGAUUACAAGGAGGUUGUGAAAGGAGCCACGAAGAAUAAGAAUCUAAGCGUAACCGACGAAUGUCUCUUGCUGUUUGGCAAUGGAGAUGGUGGCGGUGGACCGACUCCACACAUACUCAACAAGCUUGAACGACUAGCCUCAACGGCAGACCACAACCCUGAGAUGCCGUCGUUCAAGAUCGGGAAGGUUUCGGACUUCUUUGACGGGCUUCGCGAAAAGACUGAUAACGGGGCAAAUCUCCCAACUUGGAGGGGCGAGCUUUAUUUCGAGCUGCAUCGAGGAACUUAUACCAGUCAAGCGGGGCUUAAAAAGGGAAAUUUCGAAAUGGAAAAGCUAUUGCGAGAUGUCGAGUAUUACGCUACUUUGGCUUCCCUCCUUAGCGACUCCUUCAAAUACCCCAGGGCCGAGCUUGAGAAUAUAUGGCGAGAUGUGCUCUUGAAUCAGUUCCACGAUGUCAUCCCGGGAACAAGCAUUCGCAUGGCUGUCGACGAUGCCCUUGGAAUCUACGAAAGGCGUAUCGAUCAAACCCAGAAGCUACUUGAACGAGUCCUGGAUACCUUUUCUUCAGCCUCAUCUGCUGCUCUCAAUGAGGAUAAACGAAUUAUGGUCCUUGAUCCUGUUCGAUUGCCGCGAACUGAAGUGGUGAUAAUCCCUGAAAGUGUAAGCUGCGUGAAAUCAGCAACCAUACAGACAAGUCCUACUGGCUCCAGACUUGGCCUGAUCAAAACCGAUACAUACGGUUCUGGUGUAUUAACCUCAGCCAAAUCUACAUCUCCUCCACUCGCGGAGCAGAAAGGCGAUGACUUUGUUCUCACCAACACUCAUCUUCGCCUGACUAUCUCGAACGGACGCAUCUCCGGUCUAGUCGAUCGAGCUUUAGAUCGAGAGCUGAUUCUACCUGGGCCGGGCGCUUCAACUGGUGGCUUGAUGCUGUAUGAAGAUUUCCCUCUUGCUUAUGACGCUUGGGAUACCGAAAUAUAUCAUCUGGAUUGUGCGACUGCUCUUUCGUUCGACAAAGUCCAGAUCGUAGAUGAAGGGCCACUCCGUGCGACAAUCAUGACCGAAAGCAUCUUUGGGAAAAGCAAAUUCUCCCUUGAUGCAACUACACCCGGCUCCACUCGAUCCACCAUUCGGGUCGAGGUACAUGCUGAUUGGCAUGAAAAGCACAAAUUCUUAAAGUUCGCUUUGCCUGUCGAUAUCCACGCUCCCAAUGCCACUUAUGGUACUCAGUAUGGACUGAUCGAGCGACCCACCCACAGAAACACCACUUUCGAGCAAGCCAAGUUCGAGGUCUGUGGUCAUAUGUGCGGCGAUCUGAGCGAGCCUGGAUACGGUGUGACGAUCGCUAGUGAGUACAAGUAUGGAUAUGCCGUAGAGGGUAACACUAUGAGACUCUCGUUACUGCGUUCAGCUACUGCACCUGAUCCCGAGCAAGACCAGGGUGAACACGACUUCUCUUUUGCAAUCAUUCCCCAUGCAGAGCGGUUUGUGGAGAGUGGGGUGUACAAGGAUGCCCUGAGAUUUACCAAUCAAGUCCACCUGCGAGAGCUAUCUAGCGAUGCCAUUAGUCAGUUACAGAAGAUCCAAUUCGAAUUGGCAGGACCAAGGUCUUACAGCAUCAUUCUCGAUGCUGUCAAGCGAGGUGAAGAUGAUGAAACGAGUGGAAAGAAAACGGUUGUGCUGAGGAUGUUCGAAUCUCAAGGAGCUAAAGCGCAAGGUGUAUUGAGACUUACCGGUCUGAAGCCUAGCAGUCUUCAAUGGACCAACGUUCUCGAACAGCCAAUGACAGACGAGCCAGAGGUACAAUGGAGAAGCCAAGGUGGUAAAGUCGAAGUCGAUUUGAGUUUCCGAGGCUUCGAAGUCAGGUCUCUGCAAGUGGUGCUUGAGUGA